AUGGCCACCCGAGGUGCUCAACAGCGACCCAAUGUAGCAACACAAGGCAAAAUCUGUCAGUUCAAGUUGGUACUGCUGGGCGAGUCAGCAGUGGGCAAGUCCAGUCUGGUUUUACGAUUUGUCAAGGGACAGUUUCAUGAGUACCAGGAGAGUACCAUUGGUGCUGCCUUCUUGACACAGACUGUCUGCCUUGAUGACACAACAGUGAAGUUUGAGAUCUGGGACACAGCGGGACAGGAACGCUACCACAGUCUGGCUCCCAUGUACUACAGGGGUGCCCAGGCAGCCAUUGUUGUAUAUGACAUCACAAAUACAGACACAUUUGGAAGAGCAAAAACAUGGGUGAAGGAGCUGCAGCGUCAAGCCAGUCCGAACAUUGUGAUAGCGUUGGCUGGCAACAAAGCAGACCUGGCCAACAAGAGAAUGGUGGAGUUUGAUGAGGCCCAGGCCUACGCAGAAGAGAAUAGCCUCCUAUUUAUGGAAACCUCAGCUAAAACAGCCAUGAAUGUGAAUGAUAUAUUCCUUGCAAUAGCCAAGAAACUGCCCAAGAAUGAAACAUCAGGUACACCUCAACAAAGACAACAGGGAGUGCGACUAAGUAGUGAACAAGGGGCUCAGCAGUCAGAGGGUGGAUGCUGCAAGUAG